GCUCAUAGACUUCUCAUCUCCAUACAGGCAUAGCGAACUGCGGGGGCAGACGGAGUGUAGUCUCUGCUGCAGUAGAAUACUCGACAGCAAAAAUAGGGUUUUAAGUAGGCUAACGACUUUUGUUAAUCGAUUGUCGUAGAGAACAGACACGCGGACACGAUUCGUUUACUUACUUACUUUUUUUCGGAAACUUAAAAGCGCGACGGAGUUUGCGAGCGGACAGCGAACCAGACCAGCAAUGGACAGUGCGGAGCGUUCAGCAGCACGGAGAGUCUCGCCGGUGUCGCCGUCCGCCUAGUGUUAACCCAAGGGGGGCUACGCUUACGACAACUCUUCGGUCUGGGACUUUUUUUUUCCCCGUGGAUGUUUGAUGAAGCGUUUCGCAAUCUCGACAAACUCUGGGAGAGCUCGGAUUUACGAGGAACGUGGACCUAUUUCAUCGAGUUUGCGUUACUAUUUGACCGACUCCCAGUCGACGAGAAGAAUUGCCAUUUGCAAAGUUGAGGGGAAAACAUGGAGACGGUAACUCGCCAGAGCUUCCAGCCUCAUCCGGGACUGCAACAAACUCUGAAGCAGUUCCAUCUCAGUUCUAUGAGCUCACUCGGCGGACCUGCGGCAUUCUCGGCCAGGUGGCAACAUGACCUCCUGUUCAAGAAAGAGGGGAAAGAGCCCGAGCCCGUCCUGCAUCUGCCCAUGCAGUCGGCACCCCCUCCCGUGAUGCCGGGACCCCUGUUCAUCCCCUCGGACCGCUCCACCGAGAGGUGCGAGACGGUGCUCGAGACCGAGACCAUCUCGUGCUUCGUGGUCGGCGGGGAGAAGCGACUGUGUCUGCCGCAGAUCCUCAACACGGUCCUGCGGGACUUCUCCCUGCAGCAGAUCAACUCGGUGUGCGACGACCUUCACAUCUACUGCUCGCGGUGCACGGCGGACCAACUCGAGAUCCUCAAAGUCAUGGGGAUCCUGCCAUUCUCCGCUCCGUCUUGUGGCCUCAUCACCAAGACGGACGCGGAGCGGCUGUGCAACGCCCUGAUUUACGGCGGCGCGUACCCGCCGCACUGCAAGAAAGAGUUCACCGGCGCCCCGCUGGAGCUGGAGAUCACUGAGAAGAGCUUCAAAGUGUACCACGAGUGUUUCGGAAAGUGCAAGGGUCUUUUCGUGCCCGAGUUGUACACCAGCCCCAACGCAGCGUGCAUCCAGUGCCUGGACUGCAGACUAAUGUACCCGACCCACAAGUUCGUUGUGCACAGUCACAAGUCGCUGGAAAACAGGACUUGCCACUGGGGCUUUGACUCGGCCAACUGGAGGGCUUACCUGCUCCUGGGCCAGGAUUACACGGGCAAAGAGGAGAAGGCGCACCUCGAACAGACAUUGGACGAGAUUAAAGAAAAAUUCGACUUCGCUAACAAGUACAAGAGGAAAGCGUCAAGGGCAGCUGAUCCCAUCCCAGCCAAGAAAUUGAAACAUGAAGACUUCCUGUCAUCGCCCCCAUUGGCUGACAAGGACAAGACACCCGAUUGGCUACGCUCCCUCUCCGCCUCUGCCAAUAAGGGUCUUAACUGCAUCCAGCCCAGGCAGAGGCCCUCAGCGUUCAGACCCUGGUCCCCGAACAUCUCGUCUGCAGACAAGGAGCCCUCCGGUCGGCCCCUGGCCCUGCUGAGAGACGGUUUCUACAACUUCAAGACCUUGGAGAGCGCUGUGGCCCCCAACGUCGCCCUCACGCCGCAGCCCCUGGGCAAGGCCCCGGAGCCCGUGUCCCCGUGCGUCCCCAGCACCUCCCACCCCAGCGGAGGGGAGCCCCCCGGAGAGGAGGCCCACGCCCCCGCCCGGCCCCGCAAGAGGAAGGCCACCGGAGGGGAGCAGCACCCGCUGCUACCCCUGGCCCCCCUGCUGCUGCCUCUGGUGCCCCUGGUCCCAGAGCCCUGCUGCCCGCCCCCUUCCUCCGUCUGCAAGCCCCCCCAGGACGACUCGGAGGUGGAGAUCGAGGUGGAGAACCGCGAUGAACUCACCUCCUCGCUCUCCUCCCUCUCCUCGCCCUCCUUCACCUCCUCGUGCGGCUCCGCCAAGGACCUGAGCUCUCCGAUGGCCCACGGGCCGCCGGCCCCCCUCACCCCCGCCCCCCUGACCCCCGCGCCGCCCCCCGCCGCCGCCACCGCCGCCGCCGAGUCGUCCCCGACGCCGCCCGCCCCCACGGGCCCCGUCCCCGCCUUGCUGGAGUCGGGGCUGGAGGCGGAGCUGGAGACCCUGCGGCAGGCCUUGGACGGGGGGCUGGACUCCAAGGAGUCCAAGGAGCGCUUCCUCCACGAGGUCGUCAAGAUGAGGGUGAAGCAGGAGGAGAAGCUGGGCUCCGCCCUGCUGGCCAAGCGCAGUCUGCAGCAGGAGCUGGAGUUCCUGCGCGUGGCCAAGAAGGAGAAGCUGCGCGAGGCGACGGAGGCCAAACGCAACCUCCGCAAGGAGAUCGAGCGUCUGCGUGCCGAGAGCGAGAAGAAGAUGAAGGAGGCCAACGAGUCGCGCGUGCGCCUGAAGCGCGAGCUGGAGCAGGCGCGGCUGCUGCGUGUCUGCGACAAGGGCUGCGAGGCGGGCCGCCUGCGCGCCAAGUACUCGGCACAGAUCGAGGACCUCCAGAUGAAGCUGCAGCAUGCCGAGGCCGACCGCGAGCAGCUCCGGGCCGACCUGCUGCUGGAGCGGGAGGCCCGGGAGCACCUGGAGAGGGUGGUCAAGGAGCUGCAGCAGCAGCUGUGGCCCAAGUCGGCCGCCCUCGCCAACAUGGACGGCGCCCCCACGCACAAGCACGCCGCCGCCACCAGCAACUGACACUGCUCCACCUCCUCACCUCGCAUCCGUCACACACCGACCGAUCGUCACCUCCCUCCGGACCCCCUCCCUCUCCCUCUCCCCCGCUCGGACCUCGACCUCCUUUCCCCCCCUCCGACACGGCCUCUCUUGCCCCACAAACUCAAGGAGGGACAGCCCCCGGUCGUGACGGACCACUGCCCUUUUUUUGUUUUGUACGGUGAAUCCGCUCACGCCCGGCGGGGGGCCUGUCCCUAUACACACACAACCCCCCCCCAGCCCCCCACCCCCCACCCCCAACGACGCUUGGGCUCUCCUGAAUCAAACAGGGGUGGAGACCGGGGGGGUAGAGAGACCGGGGAGACAUUAAAAGACGUCUGUCGGGCAGGGGGCGGGACCAAAAGAACACAUGACUAGUAGCCCACACGAGCACUGAAUAUAACGGUAGUAGUUGUUGUUGUUGAUCAAAGACACAGAGCUGGCCGGCGAUGAUGAGAGGAGCCCGGCAAGGCGUUGUUGCUGAGUUGCGUCGGUGUGGGGGGGAGGGGGGGGGGGCGAACGCCGGUUUAGGGGGGAGACGUCGCGGUGCUAUCAUAGAUGGCGAUGGAGACGACGAGAAAGAACUAUGAACCGGUGCUGUGCUCGAACUCUUUUCGGUGGCGUGGUUGUUGUUGAUGUUGUUUCUCUGUGCUGUCGGAGCUUGGAGACGAAUGCAAGGACACAGACAAGAAGAGAUAGAUGAGCAAAAAAAACACAAGGAUAAAAUGCCAGACACAGUGUCCACAGUGCCACCCCACCUAUAGUUUGUACGUCCUGAAGGAAGCCGCUCACCGACGUGUGAACGUCUAAUCAACUUUGAUUCCGAUUUUAUCCGUCUUUCUAUUCUCGAUUUCGCAUAAUUGUAAUUCUCUUCUUUUUCUUUUUUUGAAAGGGUUUAAGAAAGUUUGCUUUUGGGUGGAGAUCUGUUUUGCAAAGUCUGUAUUCCCGUCCAAGAACCUUUCUUUCAGCACUUCCUGAUGUCCCAGAACACUAAAUUCACGUGAACACACACCCACGCAAACAUACAUGUUAGGCAGCCCGUGACAUCAGAAACGAGGUGUUAAUCUCUGAAGACAACUGGAAUUGGAAACAUCUGUGUCAAUGCUAUAUCGCCGAUUGCUAUCAUUUUAGGACAGGCUGUGUCAAGCCCUAAGCAGGAACCACAAAACAUUCAUUUUUAAUUAAAUUAUGGUAUGUAAAUAGAAGUAUGUGUUUGUUUCGUUUAAUUUCCUUCCUUUUUAUCAAUGAAUCGCACUUUGUCAUAGCCGAUGGAAGACAGCGCAUCGUCCAUCCAACGAUCCCUUUCAUCUCCUUAAAAAAGAAAACUAAGAAACUCCCCGCUGACAUGCUAUAAGUUGGUUAAAAUCAUCCAAACAAAGACUAAAUUAAAGUUUCAUACUAAAUUAAAACAAACAUUUGAAUAAAAACAAAAGAAAGGAGUUACUUGGUGAUGCAGUCUGGGAUUAUUAAAAAAAUAUAUAUUAUUAUCAUUAUGAACAGCAAAAACCGUUCCAAUCAUUUCCCCCCCCAGCCCACACGCCUAAUUCCAAUUCCACGAGUCAUGAGGGAUUGUCGAAAUGGAUAUAAUUACAGACUUGGGUGAAACACGUCAGUAAAGGGCCCGGAAGCAAACAUCUUAACUCCAGCGGUUUUGAUAAGAUUUUCGAUUUUUCGAUUGUUUAAAAGAAGAUCUAAAAACAGCUCUCCGAUCACACAGUGGGCUCCACACCGUCUACAUGUACCUUGUGUUGAUGCCAUUUCGUUUUGGUUGUUGAUGGUUUAAAUGUGGGGAUAUUUUAUUGCUUGUCUGUUAUGUUCACUCUUUUUCAAUCGAAAACUAUAUUUUUAUGCAUGACAUUUGAGAAGGUUUGCUAUCCAUAUAGUCAAUAUCGGGCAUUGAUACUGUACGUUUAAAGGUUUAUUGUGUUACGCAGUAUAAAGCUAUCUGUCUUUACUUAGAUGAGAGAGAAAAGAUUUAAGGAUUUUUUUUUUAUACAAACAUCAUAAAUAGUAUUGACCUUAUCGUAAAAAAACACACAACUUUGCACAGGCAACAAAAACAAAAACAAACAACGUUCAAAUUGCAAUGCUGGACAACCUCAAGUGCCUGGACGUAGGCAAUGGGUUUCCAGAGCAGGAGCACUGAUGUCGCCACUGUCCUCGCAGAGCUAGGCAUCCAGAGUUCAGUGUCGCUAACUUAGCGAGGCUAGCUGGCGUUGCUAACCUACCAAAGCUAUCUUAGCGACACUGGUUUAGCGUUGAUAGCUCAGCGUCACUAAGACGACCGUCUCUGGCUUGGAGUCGCAAAGCUCGGCGUCGCUGGUGCACGUGUGCGAACGAAAGCUGCGUGCCGCUACUGUGAAGAUUAACACUGUAGUGAGAUGUCAGUGCGCUCAAACUAAAGAAGUCUAGAACCUUCUCAUAAUAAUAAUAAUAAUAAUAAUGAAACAAUCACCAUGCUCAGCAGCUCUUUUCUAACAGUAUUUCUCAAACAAGUUUACAAAAACGUUUCUCGACAGUAUGUGUUGGACUUUCUUUUCACCGUUGGAAAGAAAACAACUUAAUAAUUGCUUGAUGCGAAAUGCUUUUUUAGUUUUUUGAAUGAGUGGUUUUUUUUUUGCUUCCUUUACAAAUCAAUGAUUAUGCAUGCAAGACGUUUUUCUAUACAUACAAAGUAAACAAACAAAAAAAGCCACUUGUACCGUUGCGGGAGAUGGUUAAUUGUUUCUCUUGGUUGUAUAUACAGGCCUUCCCUUUUAUUCACAAUCUGGUCAACCUGCCUCGAGGUGAGCGGGCUGAUUGCAAAGAGGGGCUUACAUUUAUAGCUUAUUUCUUAACCAACACGACAAAGUCCAUCGUUGUUAAGAGUCUGCAGUUUAAAACAGACCUAAAUUGGUACAUUUUCUAGUUGUUUUUACACUCAGAGGACUUGAUGUCCUUGCUGUAGUUUACCUUGCGCAUGGUUUUCUACAACAGUGAGGCCAAGAAAAUAAAAUAAAACAUUUGGCUUUUGGCACUCCCCUGUUAAGGCGAAAAUUGUAAGUUUAACAACGUUGUUUUCUAAUCAAAAAUGAUUUUGCUAAAAAAAAUGGAAAAUAAGCAGCAAUAAUAGUCCAUAUAAAGACAAAGUAGACAAAAUACUAGCCACAUUUGAAUAACAAUUUACAAAUGUAAAUAUUUUUUUCAUUUGACAAUAUUGUAUAAUAUAUGUACAUGGUGUUUUCAUUUCUUUUUAAAAAGAAGAAUUUGUUUCUUACAAUAGCUGUCUUGUUUUCAUUUGUUUGUUAUGUUUUGUAAUUUACGUUUUUUAACUGAGAACGGUGUUUCUGGGGAAAACAAAAAUGAUCGCAGUUCAAACAAGAAUACCCCUGACAUACACACAAUGUUAUUCACCUGUUUUCAUUUUCUUUUCUUUUUUUUUUACUGUAGUCUUUAUAUCGAAUGGCUUUUUUUUCCACCAGUUCAUAUAUAUAUAUAAAUAUAUUUUUAACAUUAUCUUCAUCAGUAUCCAAAAGCUGACCUGUGCUAGGGAAAAUACGACAGGUUAAAGGUCAAGACUACGCCACCCGUGCAAGACCCCCCCCCCCCA